AUGGCACGCACUAAACAAACUGCUCGCAAAUCUACCGGUGGUAAAGCUCCCCGCAAACAACUUGCCGCUAAGGCCGCUCGGAAAUCAGCUCCUGCCACUGGUGGUGUCAAGAAGCCUCACCGAUACCGUCCCGGAACCGUUGCUCUCCGUGAAAUCAGGAGAUACCAGAAAUCCACUGAACUCUUGAUCCGAAAACUCCCUUUCCAACGUCUUGUACGAGAAAUUGCUCAAGAUUUCAAGACCGAUCUUAGGUUUCAAUCAUCAGCCGUAAUGGCACUUCAGGAAUCAGCAGAAGCUUAUCUUGUUGGUUUAUUCGAAGACACCAAUUUGGCUGCUAUUCAUGCUAAACGUGUGACUAUUCAACCUAAAGAUAUUCAACUUGCUCGUCGUUUACGUGGUGAAAGAUCAUGA